AUGCUUGCUCGACGCUGGUUUGCAUCCGCCGCACCAACCCAGGCUCCUCUUGUAGUCAAGAACAGCCGUAUCCUGGCAUCCGUAAUCCUGUCUCGCCCACCUCAGAUCACACGCGAUUCGACAGGUUUUGAAAAGGCCUAUUUCGACUAUAAGGAGAAGUUGGAACGCCAGGACGCCUCGACCUUUCCCACCGAGUUCUACUUCAAAAAGGGAUCUAUUGCCGAACGCCGAUGGAAAGAGGAGGAAGCAGAACGUCUCCGUGCAAUGGACGACACCUCCCGAUCCCUAUCAGAGGCCAUUGCUACCGCUCAGCAAAAAUUAUCUGCAGACGAAACCAUGUCAGCUACAAUCACAAAGAUUGAAAAGGCACCACGCGAGACCGAAGCAGACAAAACCAACGAUAUCAAGAGCCUUGACCGUGCUCUGCAGCGUACAUUGUAUCUUAUCGUUCGUCCUAAACAAGGCAAACAGCCCUGGAUUUUCCCUGAAGGUGCAGUCGACUCGACAGAAUAUUUGCACGAGGCUGCUGAACGUCAAUUGAAGGAAACUUGUGGUAAGGAUAUGGAUGUCUGGUUUGUAGGUAGACAGCCAAUUGGUCUCUACAAAAAGGCACCCACUCAGAAUGUGGAAGAGAGUGGAUCAAAGGUCUUUUUCAUGAAGGCACGUAUGUUCUCUGGUCAAGUUACACCUUCUGAAGAUGUGUCAGAAUUUGCAUGGUUAACCAAGGAGGAACUUCCAAACUACCUGUCUUCAGACUACUACAAGGCCGUUAAGGACAGUUUGGCCGAUCUUUAA